CUAAGAGCCACAUUCAGAAACACAAAAACAUAUGCAUUUACAAUGAGCAAAUUCAAACCAGUCUCCUGUGUAGGUUCAAAAGAAAUACAAGUUUUGACGGAUCAAUCCUGCCUUAUGAAUUUCUCAUGACAAAUGUGUUGGGCAAUCCACCACGAGCUGGAUAAAUAGUGUAAAAAAAAACAAAAAAAAAAAAAACCCACCUAGGAGAUUCAACCACUUACCAGUAUUUUAAACACCCCAUCGUGCAUCAGGCUCUUCCAUUGUUAGAUGUGGCAACCUUCAAAAGGUAUGCAGUAAAAGGCUGAUCUGCAAUACAAUGCAAAACCUGUCCAACCAGGACACGCUUCCCUUCUCUAACUUAUAACCUCAAUCAAUCAAGAAAACCAUGGUAGACCAGACUUGACCAUAAAAUAGCCAAACGUGCAGUUUCUUUAAAACAAGCUAUUUGAAAAAGGAUAUCUAGUAGCAACUAGCAUGAGUAAACCCAUUCUUUAGAUCCAAGCGUGCAUUCCAAGGGAAAGCUUUCCCCUUAAAUCAUUAGUGUUAUCAAUAGCUACUCAAGAUAAAAAGUUGUAUAAAAACCCAUCACAUCACACCCCAUGGAUAGGGGCAUUAUUAAGACCAUGGUGCAAUUGCAACACUCUCAUAUCUUAACGAUUGAAGUUGCCUGCAAUUCAGAUGACAACUAUUCUGCACUAGAUUACAGGUUAAACAGUCAAAUUUUAGAAAAAGAUUCAAAAUAAGUAAAGGCAAUAUGGUAGAGUGAAAAUAAAGCAAAGACAAUGUCAGAAAAAUAAACCCUGAGACUUCAAUACAACUGCCUAUGGAUG